GUUUCGAGUCCGGCAGCGCUGGCCUCGAGUCGCGGCGCCUUUAAGCGUCGCGGUGACACGUGUGUGAGGCGCCCGAGGCCCGGAUGGUGCGUGUGCAGGGCCCGGGCGGAGCAGACGCCAGCGCCGCGGGCCUGAAGCCGGGCCCACCGAGGGCCGGAUUCUGAACGACAGACCUGCAGCUUUGGUGAUUUACCAAGCCAAAGGCGAGGAGCUCGGGCAUCUGAGGGUCGCGCACCGCACCUGCCCGCUCUGGCCCUGAACCUGACCCCAUGCUGCAACAGCAGCACGCCCAAGUUCAGACAUCCCAGGGUUGGCAGCUGAUCCAGAGAAGCUUGUGUGGUGGCUAGCAUCCGUAAAGACCAAAGAGGGGAUUGCAGAGAAGUGAUGCUUUGUUCCUGGGACCUGGGUACUCGUCGCUCUGUGUCCCUUCUUGUCCCCACGGUGAUGCACCAUGCCAAUAGUCGAUAAGUUGAAGGAAGCCCUGAAACCCGGCCGCAAGGACUCGGCUGACGAUGGAGAGCUGGGGAAGCUCCUGGCCUCCUCUGCCAAGAAAGUCCUUCUACAGAAGAUUGAGUUCGAGCCAGCCAGCAAGAGUUUCUCCUAUCAGCUGGAGUCCUUAAAGAGCAAAUAUGUCUUGCUGAACCCUAAAACGGAGGGAGCCAGUCGCCACAGGAGUGGAGAUGAGCCUCAGGCCAGGAGACAGGGCAGCGAGCACGCGUACGAGAGCUGUGGGGACGGUGUCCCCGCCCCACAGAAAGUGCUCUUCCCCACCGAGCGGCUGUCUCUAAACUGGGAGCGGGUGUACCGCGUGGGAGCGGGGCUCCACAACCUCGGCAACACCUGCUUCUUGAACUCGACCGUACAGUGCUUGACCUACACCCCGCCUCUGGCCAACUACCUGCUCUCCAAGGAGCAUGCUCGCAACUGUCACCAAGGCAGCUUCUGCAUGCUGUGCGUCAUGCAGAACCACAUUGUGCAGGCCUUCGCCAACAGCGGCAACGCCAUCAAGCCCGUCUCCUUCAUCCGAGACCUGAAAAAGAUUGCCCGGCAUUUCCGCUUUGGGAACCAGGAGGAUGCACACGAAUUUCUGCGGUACACCAUCGACGCCAUGCAGAAGGCCUGUUUGAAUGGCUGUGCCAAGUUGGAUCGUCAGACGCAGGCAACCACCCUGGUCCAUCAGAUUUUUGGAGGCUAUCUCAGAUCGCGUGUGAAAUGCUCGGUGUGCAAAAGCGUCUCAGACACGUACGACCCCUACUUGGACGUAGCGCUGGAGAUCCGGCAAGCCGCUAAUAUUGUGCGCGCUCUGGAGCUUUUUGUGAAGCCAGAUGUCCUGAGUGGAGAGAACGCCUAUAUGUGUGCAAAAUGCAAGAAGAAGGUUCCGGCCAGCAAACGCUUCACCAUCCACAGAACGUCCAACGUCUUAACCCUCUCCCUCAAACGCUUUGCCAACUUCAGUGGGGGAAAGAUCACGAAGGAUGUAGGCUACCCGGAAUUCCUGAACCUCCGUCCGUACAUGUCCCAGAGCAGCGGCGAGCCCGUCAUGUAUGGGCUGUACGCGGUCCUCGUGCACUCUGGCUACAGCUGCCACGCGGGCCACUACUACUGCUACGUGAAGGCAAGCAACGGACAGUGGUACCAGAUGAACGAUUCCUCGGUCCGUUCCAGCAACAUCAAGGUGGUUCUGAACCAGCAGGCCUACGUGCUCUUCUAUAUGCAAAUCCCGGGCUCUAAGAAGAGUCCUGACGGCUCCCUCCCCAGGACGGCGUCCUCCGCUCCCGGCCGGGCAGGUGUGGUCGCCGACCGCUUCAGGAAGAAUGUUGGCAACGGGACUCUUUGCUCCCCGCUGACCGGAAAGCGACUGGACCCCGCGACGCUGAAGAAGCUACAGGCCACUGAGGAGCUCGGCGUGCUUGUUUCCAGAAACGGCUCCGUGUUGGGUCUGAAGUCUCAGAAUGGAUAUGUUCCUCCAAAGCCACCCUUGGGGUCCCCUUCCCCCCGACUCUCCAAAACACCCCCCAACACUCCGACCAUUCUGGAUGAGCCCGGAAAGAAAGUCAAGAAGCCGACUCCCCUGCACUUCGUGUCCCCGUCACGCAGAGCUUCUCAGGGGCUCCACGGUACCGGCACCGGGAGCGGCGGCAGGGGCGAGGGCCACAGGCCCGGCUCCUGGGACGGCAGGGCUGCUGCCCCCUCUACCUCACCCAGGCUCCCGGCCGGAGUGACUGCCAGCGGGCCCGCGGCGGGCAGCGAGCGUCCCGAGCCCGACAGGAGGGGUUCCGGCGGUCCCAGCCCGGAGCACUCCGCCAGCAGCGACCCCACCAAGGCCCCCCCAACGCCCGAGAGCGGAGCCGCCCCCUCGGGUGAUUCUCAGGGAACAAACCCCAGAGCGCUGCCGGGCGGAGAGGACUCCAAGGCGGCGAAGCCCAAGCCCCCCGUCCUGAGCACCACCGCCACUGAGCCCGCAAGCAUCAUGUCUCCUCCACCAGCCAAAAAACUGGCCCUUUCUGCCAAGAAGGCCAGCACCCUGCGGAGGGCAGCCGGCAAUGACCUCCGUCCACCCCUCUCACCAUUGUCCGACCUCACCUACCCCAGGAAAACCACUCACCCGGUCGCCGCCUCCGCCUGGCCUGUCGGUGCCAUCAGGGCGCUCUCACCUGCUCCCAGACCAUCCAGCCGUCCGAAGCUCCCCGUCGGCCCCUGCUCGUCACUGUCCAGUAGCCCCCAACCCCUCGGGACGUCAGACCCACAGAGCUGCUCCUCCGCCUCUGCUCCCCUGCCUCAGGUCAACGGGGGCUUCCGGGCCCCUCCACACCAGCUGCCGGAGGCCAGCAAGCCCCCCCGGAGCCUCUGUAAGAAGAGGAAGAGGAACCGGAGGGGAGAGACGCAGGGGCGGGGCUCAGAGACGUGCGCCUUGGCCGCAGCCCCUCCCGGGAAGAGGAGAAAGAAGAAGGGGAAACGCGCGGAGGCCGUGGACGCCUCCCCCCUGCAGGAGGGGCAGGUGCAGAGGCAGCACCGGGGCCUCGAGCGCAGGAAGGAGGGCCGGGCGGAGGUGCCCGUGGACCGCCUGGAGGAGGAGGGCGGACGGCAGCAAGAGAACGGCCAGCAAGCGGGGUGCCACGUGAGCGGCAGGAAGAGGAGGCGGGAGGGAGCCGAGGGCCUCGGCGCCGAAGACGGCCUCCCGCAGGACCCACCGUGGCACAGCAGCUGUUCUCUCUUGGAUGUCACCGAGUCAGAGGCCAGUGCAGCAUCUCCAAGGAAAAAGAAAAAGAAAAGAAGGCAGCAGGAGUCACGGCAGGAAGUACAAGAGAACGGGCUCCCCGAAGCCUGCAGGGGCGAGACGCAGAGGGGCCCUGCCGUCCCUGGGAGCCAGCCCUCACCGGCCGUGAACGGCAGGCGGCCCGGGGACCGAGCAGGGCAGGCACGGGCUCCUCGCGUGUCCUGGGUCCGAGACGGGGAGGCCGACGUGCUCCAGGAGCUGCUUGAGUAUUCCUCAGAUAAAGCCUACGGGAGGAAAGUGUUGACGUGGGACGGUGAGGUGUCGGCCGUCAGUCAGGACGCCAUUCAGGACAGCAGAUGGGCCCGCGCGGCCACGGUGAUCGACGACUGGGACGAAGAGUUCGAUCGAGGGAAGGAAAAGAAAGUGAAAAAGUUCAAGAAAGAGAAGAAAAGAACCUUCAACGCCUUCCAGAAACUUCAGAGUAGACGGAACUUUUGGUCUGUGACUCACCCAGCUAAGGCUACCAGCCUCAGUUACCGCCGCUGAGUUUGCUGCUGUCGAGAUGGCCUCCGGAGACGAGGUGUCCAUCCUGGGUCCUGUCCGUCUGAGCUGAGAGCAGCCCCGCUGAGGACUUUGUGCCCCGUGGCCGCCAGGCCGGCACCGCGAGCCCGCCGCAGGAGGACGGCCCACGGAGGCCCUGGGCUUCUUUGGAUCGGGACCUCUGGUGUCACGGCGUGAGCCGCACGGUGACGCGCAGAGCGGGUGGCAGCACGCCGGGCCGGCGGUGCGUGUGGUCCGCGGGGGGCGCGGGGGAGGACGGCGGCCGCACCCCUCCCGGCGCAUCCUCGGGCAAGAGGACGAGACGUCCGUCCCUUGCUGCCGGCACCGCCGUCUGGUCCCGGCCUCCCCGUCUCUGCGGGGGGGGGGGGGGGGGGGCUCUGUCUAUGCCUUAAGUGUCCCCUCAGAGGGUAAGCCCGGGGCCGCCGCCCACCGCACUCCUCCCUUUUCUGGAAUCGGGGGCGGCCCUUCUGGUGUAUCGUCCCCCGCGAGAGACUCUAGGCCGGCUCCGGGGAGCAGGGGCCUCGAGACGAUGUGCCGACACGCCUGCCUUUCCGGCCGUUUAUUCCGAGGUGGCUUUGCCAUUCCUUCCCCUGCAGCUGCAGCGACCCGCGGGUCUUUAUCGAGGUGGUGGUCUUGGGGUAGAACCCUUUUCUUUUGCUACUUAAUAGAAGACUUCCGUUUUGCCAGGUCUGUGGCUUCCGUCAGCAACAUGUUCCCUUCCCCCAGUACGCGAUACCAGCUUUAUUUGCUCAAUUUUGUGAGUGCUUUUGAAUUGAGAUGAUUGUAUGAUUCGAGAUCGCUUUUUUAUCUUGCUCAAGCCGUGCCUGCGACUUGUAAUUUAAUAAAUGUGGGAAACCCUCAGUCGAGGUGGCGUUUUCCGGAGAACAGACACGUGACCCAGUAGUAGAGGGCGUAGAGGUCAAUCUUAGAGCGACUCCACGGAAUACGUCUGCACGUCCUUUCCUCUUGGGAACGUCCGCGUGGAGGUGGACUGACGUCUGGUGUGGACCUGUCCGUCCUUCGCGGCCUGAGGCCCGCCGAUGCCCUUGUCCGGCACCCCUGUGCCACACUCUUCCCGAGCCUUGCCGCUUGCUCUGGGGCCGGGGGGGGGGGGUGGGGAUCAGAAAAAGCGUUACGUGUUUCACAGAGGGAGGUACGUUAAUUUUUUCACGGAGGUAGUUGUGUUUGGUUUUCCUUUCUGUCCUUCUAUUUCUCUUUGGAAAAGGUGGGAGAGUACUACUACCCUGGCCCGCUCUGGGGCUGCUUCUGGUCCCAGCAGGAAGCUUGGGUGCUGUGUCACCUGUGCGGGGGCCUUUUGGUUUUUCAGAGGACGGAACCUUGUUCGUAGAUGAGGGUUGCUCCCCACCCCACCCCUCCCCAGUCCCCAGUGUUCUAUGGCCUUGUCAUCUGCCCGUUUGUGGGAGGAAGACAAGGGCCUUUAUGGGCAGGGCUUCCCCCCCCCCCCCCCCCCCAUGCAGUGUUGACCUUCAUUCUUAUAUGGCCCUAUUUUUCUGGAACGUUCUAUAGUUGAAAAGGGAAGUUCAUUGUCUGCAACACAGAAUUUGUCUCUUUUCUUGCUCCCUCUUCAGACCAGGCUCUUCCCUCAUCCACUGUGUAAUUAUGAAACCUUUUUCUAGGAAAACAUGCCCGUUGUGUCUUGGGCGGUGCUGAGCACUGGCCUGUCUACAGCAUUCAUCACUGUUCCGUAGGGGCAAGCCCUUUCCUCCCGCAGAAGGUCGUCAGCCACACUGGGAAGGGGAAAGGGUGAGCCCGGAAAGUCAGUCCAAACCCUAGGAGAUGUGUAAAUAUAUAAAUAUAUAUAAGUAACGAAAGCUUUUAUAUGAUAGCAGUCACUUGGUUGACUUAGAACACGGGUUUAAUUUAACUUUGUGUUUGGGGGGAAGGGUCCCCCUCUCCCAUUGGUCCCGUGCGGCCUCACUCACCUGCCUUUUCCCGGUGGGCUCAGCCCACUGCGUCCCGUGCGCCACGCCUCCGCUCCCGGGGCUGAGGCGCCCCAGACGUUGCCAAGAUCCGGGUGCAAUAAAACGAGUUUUUGUGA